AUGUCCCCUCCAUCUCCCUCUCCACCUCCACCCUAUGUGUAUAAAUCACCACUGCCUCCACAGCCGUUGCCCUCACCACCCUAUGUUUGUAAGUCUCCGCUGCCUCCUUCACCAUCCCCUCCACCACCUUUCAUUUACAAGUCUCCUCCUCCACCAUCGCCAUCACCUCCUCCACCUUAUAUUUAUAAAUCUACACCUCUCCCAUCUCCCUCACCUCCUCCUCUAUAUGUCUACAAGUCACCACCACCACCACCUCCAUCACCACCACCACCAUCUCCAUCACCUCCGCCUCCAUAUGUUCACAAGUCCCCUCCACCUCCUUCACCAUCACCUCCUCCUCCGCAUGUCUACAAGUCUCCACCACCAUCUUCACCAUCUCCUCCACCUCCCUAUGUUUAUAAAUCUCCACCACCAUCAUCUCCAUCACCUCCACCUCCAUAUGUCUACAAAUCGCCACUGCCUCCAUCACCAUCACCUCCUCCUUCGUAUGUCUAUAAGUCUCCACCACCACCUUCACCAUUUCCUCAACCUCCUAAUGUUUGUAAAUCUCCACCACCACCAUCUCCAUCACCUCCUCCUCCAUAUCUCUACACGUCUCCACCACCGCCCUCACCGUCCCCUCCACCUCCUUACAUUUACACACCACCACCACCACCAUCUCCAUCACCUCCUCCUCCCUAUAUCUACAAGUUUCCACCACCACCCUCACUAUCUCAUCCACCUUCUUACAUUUAAAAAUCCCCACCACCACCAUCUUCAUCACCUCUGCCUCCAUAUGUUUACAAGUCUCCUCUAUC